AUGGGUAGAGCUAAUGGACGAAAAACACAACGUACUGCGCACUUACCCCCCAACUGGACACAGUCGUGUCUCACCCAACUUCCGGCGCUGGCCUAUGACGCUUCUAGUCCCCGCCCCUUCCGCCCCGGGCGUGGCAGGGAAACUCGGAUUGUUGUAUCGCUUGUACACAAGCGGGGUGGAAGGGUGGGAAAAGGGAGGACGAGACCUCCUCGGGGGAAGCGGGGACCCGGCCUGGGCCUGCGGGUCGCGGGGCGGCCGGCGGGGGGCGCCGCGGAGGCGAAGGAAGGGGCGGCGCGGGGCGGGGCGGCGCGUAGCGGUUACUCAAGGCGGGCAGUUCAAACCGAAGGAGGGAAACGCGGCGGCCCCACGCGAACGUGGCGUGGGGGUUGCCAUAGCCGGGCAUCCCUGGGGGCGAGGCGGCGGCUCCUGCCCGGCGCUCCCAGCGGCGGCUGCCUGUCUCCCCUCCCUCCUGGCCCCGCCGCCCGGUCGGUGCGGGUGCGUCUCGGUCUCCAGGUGGGCGGGAGUGGAGGGCCCCAGUGUGUGCGGGCUUCCGGACGGCCCCGGGUUCGGCCCCACUUUGCUUUCCAGGUGCUGGGACUAGAGAGGUGCCCGGAAGCCGAUCUCUUACCGGCUCGCUCGGCUCCAGGGGACGCCCACCCACCCUCCGCCUUUCGGUGGCGUUCUGGGUCCUGGAGGCGGAGCCGAGGCGACCCCCCGUUCCCCCGCCAGCUGGGCCUUGGGAAGGUCCAGGAGGGACGAACCGGGCCAAAGGACGCCCUGGUGAGACCGCAAAGUGAAAGAUUUUCUUGUUUGGAAACUCACCUAACGACAUCUAAGAACUCAAGACUUACUGAUGAAACAGAUUUGAAGAUGUCAGAGAGACAUUCAAGUCAAGCUUGCCCUGGAGCGGGAAAUAAGGUGGACCAUCCUGCUGUCAAUUUCAAAUACUCCAGCUUCAGAGACUUUUGCUCCACAUCUUCAUUUCAAGAUAGUGGCUACAAUGAGCUCUUACAACCUUGCAACUUUGAGAAUACAGAUAAAGAAUUUUUUGGAGAGAAAGAAAAAGGCCCAACAUUAAUCCAGGAACAUCCUGAAACUUCAAAUCUGGGCUUAACUCAUACUUUAGAAUCUCCAACUCAAAAAAAGAGAUUUUUCUUUUCUAGGAAGGAGAAUGAUAAAACUCCAGAACUUUGUGAAACCCCUAAAGUCAGUGGAAAAAAACGUUUACUGCGUAGAAGGUUGGACAUAUCUUUCUCUCUCCUAAAGGGGGACUUUGAAUCACAAAAUAGUUCUCUAGAAAAUAGUAUAAGCCAGGUUCUCCACUUAGAAAAAAAUAUUCCAGGCAGUGCUUCAAGUUUUCCAAGACAAACCAGUUUUAGUCCUUUAGUUACUAGUUCUUUGAAAACAGAAGAAGCAACCUCGAGCAGUCAAAAAUUGAGACUUAAUUUUUCUCAACAGAAGACUUCCACAGUUGAUGAUUCCAAAGAUGACUGUAGCCUAUUUGAGGUUGAAUGUAUAUCUCCAAUUCAGGGUAAUAGUUUUAAAGACUCUAUCACACAUGACCUUAGUGAUAGCAGUCAAUUUAUUAAUGAUGAGAAUAUAUACCCCAAACUUCUGGGCUCCUCUGCUAGUGCAACAUCUUAUGGAACAAACGAGAACUUAUGUGUGACUCCAGUAAGUAGUCUUGUAGCAAACAUUAAAUUUAAUGCAAGUCAAAGGCUCUCUCCUACAGCUGAAGUGAAGGGCAAUAUUUCAACACCUGAAGAUAGUGGUUUUAACUCACUUUGUUUGGAUAAAUCGGAAGAUUCCCUCUCUGACCAGGAGGGUUCUUUUCGAGAACUUUGGAAACAAAAGGGAAUGGUCAAAGUGGAAGACACCAUAAAAAAGUCAAGACAUCUUCGAAGGCUGAGAAGAUUGUCCACGCUUCAGGAACAAAGCUCACAAUCUGAGACAGAGAGGGACUCUGACUUGGAAGCAACACCAGCAGCUGCUUCAGACACCUCGGAGAGUCAGCUGAGCAGUUACAAUGAUAUUUUAAGCUUUAAGAAUUUAUCAAAGACCCCAGCCUUGCAGUUAGUGCACGAGCUCUUUAUGAGAAACAAAAGAAAAAGAUUCCAGCAAACUGGUGCUCAUGAAUGGUUAGAAGAGAAGGAAGGGGGGCAAAUAGCCAUACUACAGUGUGUCCUCGCAGGACUGAUUGGCAAGAAAAUGGGUAUAGAAAAGCUGGACAUCUUAACAGAAUUAAAAUACAGAAAUUUAAAACAUAUUCUUGCUAUGGUUUUAGGUUCCUUGACUGCAGAAAACCUAUGCAGUGUUUGGAAAGUGAGCAGAAAUUGGCGUGAAAUUAUUGUUCAAGAUAAAAAAGCAAAUCGGAGGAGGAAAUUCUAUAUCUCACAACUGAAAGCAGAUUCUGAGGGAGCUAGAGUAAAUGUUGAGGAUGCCGCCACUAGGCUCCAUCUUUUAAAUCGAUCAGCUUUAAGAUCCGUGCAAGCUCAGGCUAAGAUACCAGGUUUUCAAAAAGGAGAAGUUUCAACAUUUUCUCCUUGGGGAGAAGUUUUGACACCUAUAGCAAGUUCUUCUGUUACCCCCUUAAGUAGUAAACAGGAAGAAUAUGUUAAGGUUGCCAAAACACUAUUUAUUGAUGAAGCCUUAAAACCUUGCCCCAGGUGCCAAUCCCCUGCUAAGUACCAGCCAUAUAAGAAAAGGGGACUGUGUAGCCGCACAGCCUGUGGUUUUGACUUUUGUGUGUUAUGUUUGUGUGCUUAUCAUGGGUCUGAAGAAUGUAGUAGAGGAGCAGCAAAGCCGAGAACUAGAAAAGAUGCUCUUCCAGGAAGUGCCCAGAGUAAGCGGAAUUUAAAACGCCUUUAAAGAGACUCUCAAAUAAAAGAAGCAUUCCCCGUAAACAACGUUUUGUCUGACUUAAAAUUAUGGCUAUUUUGAAAGCAUGCAACAUUUCCCAUUAAUAACAGAUGGUGAUUUAUUUCCUCUUUUGUAUAUAUCAUAAUCUAUGUCUGUAUUCUUUAAAGUGAUGAGUUUGGAAAAAAUUUUAUUUUGCUGUGUCACAUUUUCCCAUUUUAGUAAGUGUUUUUAAAUAAAGAGUUUUUAAUGUUAUA